UUGAUAACGCGAUUUAGUAUUGUGAUUUCCCCGACGGAGGCUCGUCUCAGUUUGUUUCGGUUAUGAAAAUUAUUUUUUAAAUUAAACAGUGAUACUUUACAUAUCAAAGUCAGUUACGAAGUUGUUUCUCUCAUGCAUCCAUGAAUAUUGUUUGCUAUUUACAUUCGUGAAACUGCGGAAAUAUGCUAUCCAACCCAUAAAAUAGGUAGACUUUGCAAAAGAACAGAAAUUAUAAUGGAUCACAAUUAUGCGGCAAUGAAACGAGACUUUAUCCCUGUAUUUUUUGACUUGGAAAGAACUGGUCACUACGAUUGGGAUGAGAUAUUACGGAUUGGAGCUAUCCAUAAGGACAACAUUUUCUGCAGAUACAUACUACCGACGACUGAGAUCCCACCAUAUGUCUCAGAAUUGACAAGAUUCACUAAAAAUGGCGAACAACUGCUCCAUCGUGGUGAGGUCAAAGAGACGACAACUCUGAAGGAGGCGCUAGAGAAUUUGCUGGAGUAUCUGGAACAAUUCAACAAGCCAGUUAUCAUGAUCGGGCACAAUUGUUUCACUUUCGAUUGUCGUUUUAUUCUCAGGGGCUUGAGGCAGUACGGUCUUUUGAGUCAAUUUACUAGGAUAGUUCAGGGUUUCACCGACUCAUUACCUCUGUUAAAAAAGUAUCUACCUGGUAAACCCUCGUACUAUCUCAAGCUACUAGCCGUCGAUAUCCUAGGUCCAAACUUGGAUUUUGUGACGCAUGUGACUGAUAAUGAUGCUAUCAUUCUCGUUUCCAUUUUCCGAAAAGAGAAAAUAAAACGCAUUCAGAUCUUCGAAUUUGCCCGUUCUGUUAAAGAUGUGCUGAAAAAAGAGGAUGGUCGUAUAAUUGCAAAGAAAAAUCUGCUGGUUCGGAAAGCUUUACAGCUGCUCAUCACCACUGGCUCUAAGCUGACAAAAAUGGUUGAAGAAGGACAAAACAUCGAGAGUUUGAAGGAAUUUCUAGAAGCAGAAGCUCCGGAGGGUCCAUUACUGGACACGGUUUCUACUUCCCCAAAAUUUUAAGAGAUAGCCAUUCUCAUGUCUUGCAAAUUAAAAGAAUUUUAACGGAAAUCUAUAAUUUUCAGUUUUGCGUUUUCUGCUUUCAUUUUUUCAGGCAGUCAUGACUCUUCCAAGUUUACUCUAUUAUUUCAAACCUUAUAGACUUUUGUUACUCUUGCAUCGUUUCUGCGUAAAUUAAUUCUACGAGCAACGCGCAGGUAUACCAAGCUACUUAGCUGAGAGCUUCAGUUGCAUUCUUAUUUAUUGUGCUUGCUUUUAUUAAUGCGGUCGUUUCUGUUCACUUUAUUUCCCUAAGGAUUAUAAUCACUCCCAUCAAAAAUAGCCAAAGCCACUCUGUCAACCCCAUGCUGAUCGAUCUCCGGACGCAGUAGAGGCUAACGAAACAUGUUACCCGGUAUAUCGUCCCAUUCGGAUAGUACGGUAGAAAAUCAAAAUUUUCAAAUUAUGGUGAAAGGAUUUCGGCCAAAUUAUCAGCCCCCAGCCAGACAUGCGUUAACUAAUACUCACGCCCGUAAAAUGUUAGGUGAAAAUAAAGAAGUCAUCAGAGAACAAGUAAUACGUAGCUUGAACUUAGUUCAAAUUAUUGCAAAAUUAUUUUACACAGUCUCAUAUUAUUGUUAUGGCCAAAAUUUUGGCUGCUGGAUGCAAGACUUCAGAUUAUUUUUGAACCGUCAAAAGCAAUUUACUUCAUCCAAAAAAUUAAGGAAAGAAUCGUCGUGUGUGAAUGAAGUUGUUUGCAAAAAUAAAAACUUAUUGCCGUUCUGUAUGGAA